GGAGGAGCAUAAAGGGAGGAGGAGCAUAGGGAGGAGGAAGAGGGAUAAACAUGUCAGACACAGAGUGCAGACGAGGACUUUAAAGUUGUCUCAACAUCUCUUCUAAAUCCGAGCCGGCAGGAUUACAUGCUGCUAAACGUGCUCUAUAAAUACACCUUCUUUAAAUCAUGUGACCUGUGGGUGAACUCUGGUUGGCUGGGAAUUGAUCCUUACCUUCAAAUACUAGGAAACCAAGAGGUCACAUUCUGGAGGAGCUUCUUGUAGAACCAGAGAGACACUGAGGAGGAAGAGAGCUGGAGAGACAGAGACAUCUUCUUCAGUUAGAGAAGACAUCUUCAUCACUUAGAAAAGACAUCUUCAUCACUUAGAGAAGACGUCUAUUGUCCAUAAUUAUUCUAUAAUGUAAUCUGAGAUGAUUAGACCUCUGACUCUGAACGUUGUUGUCUUUGACAAUAAACUGUGUGUGUGCGUGCGGGUGUGUGUGUGUGUGUUUUCAUAAGUUAUCAGCAGUCAGUCAGCUAGAAGGACAAUCAGCGUGUUACAACAGCAGAUGUUAGGAAUGUGCCCGAGGCUGCUGGGAAACACUUGUGUGUGUGUGUUUGUGUGUGUUAUGCCCCAAACACACCAGCUCUACAUGACCCUUAUGCACCUCUACUUUCCUCCACCGUGUCACUGUGUACGUCCUGUUGUCCUUAUGACCAUGUGAUAUUUCAGUUUUUCUUUUUUAAUACAUUUUCAAAAAUUACUACAUUUCUGUUUUUUUUUUGUCAAGAUGGGGCGCCAAGUUACAUUCAUGAGAAAUAAAAUAAACUUUUUUGAUUUUAGCAAAUGGGUGCAAUGAAAAAAAGUCGGAGUAUUUCCUAUGUGAACAACUGUACUGUGAUAUGUUUCUGAUGGUCUCUCUCUCUGUCUCUCUCACUCACUCGCUCACUCACUCUCUCACUCUCUCGCUCUCCCUCAGAGUGGAGCAGGAAAGAGGAAACCAGCCUGACCUCCAGCUGAGAGGUGUUUCUUUGAAGCCGUGUGCGCUGAAAGGUCCGAGUCCUGAAACAUGACUCAGUCAGUUCAAGUCAACCCGAAGCUGCCUGAUCUGGGCUCUCCGUUCAUCUACUCCACUCGGGAGGAGGUGGACCCGUCCGGCUCCUACUCCGUCCAGACGCCCUACGGUUUCCAGCUGGAUCUGGACUUCCUCAAAUAUGUAGAAGAGAUAGAAAGCGGGCACAACCUCCGCCGGGCGCUCGUCGGUUCCCGCCGCUCUGGCCGAGGGGUCAAGCUCUCCCAGAGGACCGCGGGGGGGCGGACCAGCGGCUGGACCUCCACCGAGUCUCUGUCGUCCCCGGUCAGCGAGGACGGCCGAGCUCCUCCUCCGCCGCCGCCGCCGCGCAGCCGCCUCGGGUCGGCGCCCUGCGAGGGCCUCUGCAUUUCCCCCGUGACCCUCCUCGCCGGCCCCCCGCUGUCCGCCGGGGCCAAAGUGCCGCCUCCUCCGCCGCAGCGCAACCCCCGGGUGGAGCGGACUCUCCUCGAAACCAGCCGGCGGCUCCAGCAGGAGCAAAGCCACCAGAACGGGGGCCGCUUCCAGCUCGCCGACCCCCCCAGGCCGCCGGCGCCCCCGUCCUCCGCGCCGCAGCACGGCGGCCCGACGAAGCCCAGCCCCCUGACCUCGGGGCGCAGCACGCCGGCGGUCGGCGCCACGCCGAUCCCGCCCGGCCAGCUGCAGACGGUCCGAGAGCAGAUGGCGACGGCCUUGAAGCAGCUGAAGGAGAUGGAGGAGCGGGUGAAGGGCGUUCCGGCGCUGGAGAAGGAGGUCGCCGAGCUGCGGGCGGAGAAGGAGGCGCUGCUGUCGGCCCUGCGGGAGGAGAAGGAAGCCAAGGAGGAGGAGGAGGCGGCCCGGCAGAAGCGUCGGUCCGCCGAGUCCUUCGCCCAAACCGCGGGGGGGGCUCGCGGUUUGGGCGAAGGACGGCCGGCGGCGCCGCUCGCGCCUCACAGAGGCCUCGUGAAGGGCGGCGAGCUGCGACGGCUGACGGAGAAGUUCGAGGGGAAGGAAGGGAGAGCUCCGGAAGCUUCUCCCAAAGCGCCGGAGAAAGAGUCCGAGGAGAAGAAGACCUCCGUGGAGACGACCUCCGUGGCGGUCGGGGGCGACGCGCCGAUGGACGCCGUGGUCUUCUUCUACAGCGGCGGCGUGAAGGAUGCUUCCGAGGGCCCCGAGGUGACGGUGUGCGACGCGGGCUCCGGAGCCGAGGCCCCCGCGGUCCGGGAGGAAGGAGUCCAGGUCGCCGUGGAGACCCGAGAGGCGGCGGUCUGGGUGAUGGAGGCUCUGCUCGGGCUGACUGGCGAGGCGCAGCGGGAGAUCGACACCCUGCAGGACACCGUCCGGUUCCAGCAGGAGUCCAUCGCGGCGCUGGAGGAGCGGCUGGAGGAGAGGGCGUCCAGGGUCACGCGCGAGGUCGGCGUCCUGGUCAAGCCGGACACGGCGGACGUCCAGGUGGAGGCGCGGGGCGCCGCCGUGAAGCACGCCGCCGUGUCGUGCCGCCCCGAGGUGGCGGACGCGGCGGCGGGCGCGACGGACGGGUUCACGCAGACGGACGCCGCCGAGCCGGCGCCGGUGGCCGCGGUGGUCAGCACCGGGAGCCAAUGGGAGAACCUGUUUGAGGAGAAGACGGAGCCCAAAGCGCCCGUUCUGAAGAAGAGGCAGAUGACCAUCGCCGAGUACAAGGUCUGCCCGGAGGAAGAGGUGGUCGGCACGACGGAGGAGAAAGAGGAAGAGAAGGGGGAGGAGCUCGGGGAGAAGACGGCAGCCGGCGCCGCCAAGACGGGAACGCUGAAAUCCAUCAUGAAGCGGAAAGACGGGAGCAGCGCGGGAGAGAAGAAGAAGAGCCUGCAGUUUGUUGGCAUUCUGAACGGAGGGUAUGAAUCUACAUCCAGUGAAGAAGAGGAGGAGGAAGAAGAAGAAGAAGAUGGGAGUUCCUCUGAGGAAAGUGCAGAAGGCCUGGACAGCACGGAGGAAGAGGAGGAGGACGGCGAGGCGGCUCUGGAGGACGAGACGUCGGAGGAGGAGAGAAACGUGAACCUGGACGAGAGCGACACGUACGAAGAGACGCUGAGCGCCGCGAGGGACGCCGCGGAAGAGAAGUUUGAGCUGAGCUCCAAGAUGCGUGAAGCGAGCCUCACGCUGCAGAGCCACCUGAACGAUGACAUCACCACACUGAAGAGUAAGGAAGUGCUCUCCAGCAUCCACAUCCUGCAGCUGGAGUGGUUCCGUAUCUCCAGCGCCAAGGCGGCUCAGCCCUCGCGGGUCUCGGACUACCUGAUGGCGUUCUCUGAGGUGUCGGCGGCGCUGCUGCAGCACGUGGUCAACAUGACGGACGGCAACGGCAACACGGCGCUGCACUACAGCGUCUCACACUCCAACUUCGGCGUGGUGGGGUUGCUGCUGGACACAGGCGUGUGCUGCGUGGACCAGCAGAACAAGGCGGGCUACACGGCCAUCAUGCUGGCCGCUCUGUCCACGGUGAAGGAGGAGCACGACAUGGCCGUGGUCAGGAGGCUCUUCAGCCAGGGCAACGUCAACGCCAAGGCCAGCCAGGCGGGCCAGACGGCGUUGAUGCUCGCCGUCAGCCACGGGCGCCAGGAGAUGGUGCGGGCGCUGCUGGGCCGCGGCGCCGACGUGAACGUGCAGGACGACGAGGGCUCCACGGCGCUGAUGUGCGCCAGCGAACACGGCCGCGCCGAGAUCGUCAAGCUGCUGCUGGAGCAGCCCGGGUGUGACAUCUCCAUCGCGGAUAAUGAUGGCAGCAACGCUCUGUCCAUCGCUCUGGAGGCGUCUCAUAACGACACGGCCGUGCUGCUCUACGCCCACAUGAACUACGCCAAGACGCCCGCCUCGCCCCUGGGGAGUCCAGCAGCCCAGCCCAGGAGCCCCCCCAGCCCCCACCAGUCCUGGCCCUCAGACUGAUGAAGACCCCCCCAGACCAGCAGACCUGGAUCUGAGCUGUGACGAGCUCCACUGGAAUUGACUAAAAAACAUAUAUGUAUUUAUAUAUUGCCAUAUGUCCUGGAUUUUAUAAGUAUUGUUAUUAUGAGAAUAUUAUUUUUCCAUAAAGGUGGUGAAUGGUUAUAUAUAAUAUACUAAUAAGAGCUCCGGGUCCAGAGACCGUCAGGUUCAGUAUUUGCACUCCGCUAACGUUUCAGAGGAGAUGAACGCAUAUUAAAAACAUGCAGCCGUCAUGUUGCACGUCAAAACACACGCAUCGCAACACGCAUCACGCAUGUAGUACAUGAGAUACAUCAUGCGCAUGUCCAGUGGUCUUCAUCAUCACACCUGUGUGUGUGUGUGUGUGUGUGUGUGUGACCCUGAACCUCUACAGCUUCAUAGUCUGCACUAACAGGAAUGUUCAUAUAUCUAUAAAUGUAUAAAAUCAUGUCUAAAAUAAACAUAUUUACAUAAAGGUU